AUGGCCGCCGCAACUGAUAAGGCUCGAUACUUCCUCGAGAAGUCCAUUCCCGAGCUCAAGGAAUACGAGCGCAAGAAGCUCUUUACCAAGGAUGAAAUCUCCUCAAUUGUCAAAAAGCGAUCCGACUUCGAGCACAAACUCAACGCACGUGGUGCGCAACCGGUGGACUUUGUGCGCUAUGCGGAAUACGAAAUCAACCUCGACAUUUUGCGAAAGAAGCGGGUGAAGCGACUUGGGAUUCGGUCGGCAGGUUUCAACGGCCAGCGACGCAUUUUCUUCGUUCUCGACCGCGCCGUACGCAAGUUCCACGGCGAUCUCGGCCUUUGGGUCCAAUACAUCGAAUAUGCCCGAAAACAAAAGGCCCACAAGAAGCUUUCCAUGAUUUUCACCGAUGCUUUGCGCUUACAUCCUACGAGCGCUGAUUUAUGGGUUUACGCUGCGAAACAUUGCCUUGACGACCAUGGAGAUAUGACACAAGCUCGGAGUUACAUGCAGCGUGGUGUGCGAUUCUGUCAGAGUUCGCGGGCGAUCUGGACCCAGUACGCGAAGCUGGAGUUGAUUUACAUUGCGAAGCUUGUCGCUCGUCAGAAGAUCUUGGGCCUCGACGAAGCGAGCCAAAAGCCCAAGCCGGUGGAGGGAGCGGAUCUCGAUGAUCGCGAUGCGGAUAAGAUUACACUGCCUGCUCUCACGGAAGAGGACAUCAACCCGAGCACGGAAGAUGACGCCGAGGUGGAUCAGGUUGCACUCCAGACUCUCAACGCUACCCCUGCUCUGAGCGGUGCUAUUCCGCUCGCCAUCUUCGACACCGCCUCGAAGAAGCUCGAUCACGAUGAUCGGUUCGGUCAGGAAUUCUUUGACAUGGUCUGGGAAUUCCACGAUGUGCCCUGCCUUCAGAAGGUCCUGGGUCACGUCCUCGAGGCUAUGCGGUCGAACAAGCCGUCCAGCCCGCGCACGCAGAUCUGCUAUAUCAAGUUCCCGACCGCCGGAAUCCCCGUCACAUCACCCGAGUUCCCGCGGGCGCUCGGCAGCUCGCUUGCUCGCCUCCGAGAGUAUCCCUUGGGCAAAGAUCUUGCACGCGAGGUCGUAAACUGGCUCCAGCCCCUCCAGGCGACCGAGGAUUUGGACCCCUCGUUGCAGCAAGUUAUCGCAGCUACCGUCCUCAAGGCGGAGCGCAUGGCCUCCGAGUAG